GGCGAAGCCGGCGGCUGCGGCGACGAGCCAGUCGGUUCAAACGCGUCGUGAGCGUCGCGCGUUUCGAAUCGUUCAGCGACAUCCGUCGCCGCGGCUCGUUUACCUCGUCCACCGCGUAUUUAUUUACGCGCGCGCGUGCAAACGUGCUCCGAUUGCGUUGUCGUUGUCGACGCAGCGCGCGCGCGCGUCCUCCGACCGCAGGAGAGUGCCCGACACGGAGUGCGAAGGAUCGCCGAGGAGAGCAAGAAGAGAUCGCUCCAGGGAUCACCGCCUAGAGACCCUCGGCGAGGAUGACCGACGUCCAGGCGAACGUCGGCGGCAGGCUGCAACAGGGUGACCGCGCCGCCGCGCAGCAAACAGGUAAGGCCAACGAGGUCACCCCUCGAGUUCCUUGAGGGCGUACAUCAUCGCGCUCGCAUCGAAGCAAAGUCUCCUAGUCUGUUUCGAGAAACGGAUAAACACAUCUCGGCGGAGAGAGGAAGUGCGAUCGAUUUCUCGCCGACGUUCCGCCGACGAGAUGCGGCGACUCCAAGACGCGACUGCACUCGCAAGUUCGUUCGGCGAUAGCAUCGUGGCCGAAGUGGAUGCAGCGUGAACUGCUAGGCCGGAUGAAUGGCUGGGCUGUUUUCGGAGCGGAGAAGAGUUCGGCCUCCAUGCGAGCGAAUACCGACCUAUCGCGCGAUAAUGCUCAGACGAGGUAAACCGGCGCGAUGAAGGAUCGACUCAGGGAUAUUGCGCCAACAUCAUCUCGCGAAUGUCAAAAGGCUUCAAGUACCGUUAACUGUACCGUUAACCGUUGACGAUCAAAGAGGCCCAUUCGCGAUGUUUUAGUAUAUUGCAAUUGCAUUUGAAAUAUCUGUUUGAAGAAUUGCGAAGAUAUAAUAAUUUAAUAAUAUAUAAGAAAUUCGCCACAGUUAUCUUAGUUACGUUUUUAAUCGUACAAAAUUGUAUUAUAUUGAAAUAUUCUUGCAAAGUCUUAUAUGGAAACGAGAAAUCUUAUGCAACAAAACAGUUAUCGAAUCAAAUCAGUCAGAUUUGACACGAAUCUGGAUUUUGAAAUGGUACGCGCGAUUUUGCAUUUGAGAAAACGUUAUUAUUAUAUUGAAUAAGAUAUUAUUUUUCUCUCCUUUUUAUCGAAAUUUAUAAUACAGGAUUUUAUUUUCUCUUACAUAUUUAUUAUUUAUUUCUUCAUGAGGAGUAAAUCUUGUUACCACAGAUGCAAUAUACAUCGUGACCGCUUGCUUUACGAUGUUAUCCCAUGUUAUUGGCAAUUUAUCGCUGAUAAAAUCCAAUUGCGAAAAUUGGUCGUAUCAAGUAGAUAUGGAAUGAUAUUGGAUGCCAAGAGCAUUCAUUGGAAUAACACGCGAAGACGCGUGAUUUUUCAGUUGCUUACUCCACUCUGUGCGAGCUCCUCCCAUCUCGACGAGUGUACGAAGCAACCGUGCCCCACACAUUAGCGUAAUAACAUAGAAAUUGAAAUGGCUGCGCGUACGAGGGUGCGUCUCCGACUCUUUAUUCACGCCAGCAAGCAUUACUAGAUGUAUAUUACUAGCUGUGCAGGUGAUAAACGGCACACCGAGGCCGAUGAAAACGCUCGGCGGUAAUUGAGACUUCGAAGCACUCUGCGGAAACUCUGAAAAAUGACCGAGAAAUUCUUCGCAUCAACGUGGCAUCUAAGCACCUAAGUGGUAAAGCGCCAGACAUCCACGAGUUAAGUCCACUUGAUCACGGCAAUUUUAUUCCAAAUCUUCUAUACACCGAGUAAUUAGGGAGACUCGAGUAUGGAAAACUGGGCUUCGUCUUUCGGAAGAGACGCUUAAGCUGUUGAUUCACACACGGCCGCUAUGUUAACUUCUCCAAUAAUCGGGAAAUGAUGAAACGAAGACAUCGAACCUAUAAGCAUAUUUCUUGGCCGUGUUCUGGUCUUCCUUCAUCGUAUGGUGAAACUUUUUUCACGACUUGGUCCGUCAUGCUUGCAUGACAUGGCGGAUCAAGUCACAAGGAAAGUUUCGUCGACUGGCAUAAUAAUUUUUGAAGGCUAGCGAAUCGUCCCGGCUUCUAUUUUUUUUAAGGGAUUCUCGGUGUGUAGCUACUCGGUUUUAUAAUCGAUCUACCAAAUCGCAAAACAAUAAGUUCGUCAUCCCUCUGGAAUUGCAGCUUGCUUGCCUGUUAAUCAAGCACAAUAGUGUCAGUAAUAGAAGCUGUGAAUGACACCGAGAGCCUGACUAGUAAUGUCAAAAUCCCAAAUUUGAUCCCCGUUGGGGCUUUUUCCUAAAUCACUAAUGGAUUUUUUCUCUUCAAAAAGAAUGAUCUUGUCAGCUUCGACUGCUUCAGAAUUCUUCAUCUAUAUUUUUCUAUUUUCACUUUACAUGUGGCAAGUGCGAAACGUAUGUCCACUUUCUUCGAAAUACACCCCUACUUCUAUCAUGAACUAACGCACGAAGGAAUUCUCGUACAAAUUUCUGCUGAAACAAAAAACAUGCAAAAGGAGCAAAUAAUCAGGUGGUUUACGUGGAAAUGUAGCUUUCAUUUGAUUUGUAACCAACGGAGCAACGUCGUCGUUGGAACGCAUCCUAAUCGCCGGGAGAUUUGGCUGGCACGAGCAUUGCUCUAUCGAGUACAGCCGCGAGCAGGCCGCGGUGAACGUCCUCAGCAAUGAACAGAACGUGGAAAGGCAUAAUUAUGACGGAAAAUGCGCUUCUGAGACUUAAGACGCGUCCUGCACGACUCUCUCGUAUAUGCAAUGCCGUUGCAUGUACGAGCAUCUUUGCGCAUGUCCUUGCAUAAAAAUGCGAGAAAAGAUGCCUGCAAAAAAUUUUAUAAAACGGCAUCUGCUGAGUUUUUGGGUACAUCUUAGACUCCUGAAGUUACAUCGGGAUAAUCGGAAGCUCUCGUGCAAUCCGGCCGCAUCCCACAGUCCUGCGCACACGCAGGUCCCUCGAGAGGAUCGCGUUGUUCUAGAAAACUGCGUAGACAACCCAGAUCGCGACGGAAGGGAGCGGCGGAGGAGCGGGUGCAAGUACGUGUACAUGAUUUAUCGAUAGAUUGUGCUUCUCGUGCGGGUCCGAGACUCGUAUAUAGUGAAGCAGCAUUCGCGCUGUUACCGUGGAGCAGCAGUGCGCAAGGUAAGGCUGAGUCCAGCAUUGGGCGUUGGAGCGCAGGAGCAGAGGCACGGCAGGACAAACGGACGGCAGCGACUCGUACGUGCCAAGCAACCGAACUAGCAACGUGCACCUCGCCGAAGAGGGUCUCCUUCGGAGUGUCGCGCGAACUUAGUGACUCACGAGUCGACGUAGGUCGCGGAGGCUCGACCGGAGCGUGAUCGAGAUCGUCGAGUCCAGGUUUACGGCGUACCAUAUUGUCCGGGACGAGUCGAGGCAUACGCCAUAAGAGUACACGAAAGAAAUCAAUAUGGACUCACAGGAUACCGCGAACAGUAUCCGCGAACCUGCUUCGGGCCCUGGAGAACCGAUGGUGAAGCCAAACGCUCCUUUACCGCCGCAGGGCUUUCAGCCGCGACCGCAAGGUCCUCCACCGUCUCCAAGAAAUUCGAUAAAUAAUGGUCCCGUAGGCGUGAUUCGGCCGGGACAACCACUACGUCGAUUGGACAGUCGUACUUCCCUAGGUCCACCGCCGGCCUCGGGUCAGUUUGUGCAGCUUAGGCCGUACGGUCCACCGAGACCACCGGGAGGCUCUUUUCCGCCAAGGCCACCACAACCCGGUCAGUUGCCUCCGCAGAAUCCGCCGUAUCCCCCGAAUCAGCGUUUUCCGCAUUCUCCGGGGAUCCGAGGUCCCCCGCCGCAAGGAGUUCAGCGGCCACCCUUCAUUGGUAAUCAACAGCAACAACAACAACAGCAGCAGCAGCAACGAAUUAUCAACGAUCCGCGAUUUCAACGGCCGGAUAUUGCACCCCAAAACGGACCUCCGCGACCUGGUCAAGAGUUUGCUUCUCCUAGACAGUUGCUGAGAAAUGACUCGGCGCUGAGUCUCCAGCGACAGCAGCUUUUGUCCAACGAGGAGAUCAAGCAGCCGACACGACCGCGCAUUGUCAUCGAAAAGAUGGCGGAUAUAAAUGAGAGCAGCGCCGUCGUUGAUAAACCGGAGCAUUAUUUGGGGAGAAAGAAAUCUGAUGUCCGUGAGGAUGGCGACGACGACGACGACGACGUCGUGAUGGAUAGGGAGAAAUCGCCGCAGCACAAUGGCGCUCCUGAUGGAUUGGUGAAUGGCUCCAAGUCGCCUUUAACGCCGAGGAAGCUCGACGACGCGAGUAAACCGGCGACUCGACCGGGAACGGCUACCGAAAAUAAGAUGGACAGAAUAGAGGACAAGCAAAAUGCAUUCUCAAGACCGAUUUCCCCUAACAUCAUUACUAAAACAACGAAGGAACCUGUCGAUGAAUCAGCGCGGCUCUUUUCUCAGAGCAGACCUUCCUCUGCGAUAAAUAACGAAGAAGAAAGAAAGGAGAAAGACCCGCGUAGCGACGCAUUCAAUGUCGAGCAAAGCUUGAUGACACCUCCGAAAUCUUCGGACAAUUCACGGUCCAUCACUCCAUCUCAAAAUGCGGAACCGAAGACACCAUCCAAGACACCAGACAAGUCGCGUUCCAGCACUCCGGCUGGGCUGGAACCGCCAGGAAACGCGGAAUCGAAAUCGCCGUCCAAGACACCGGACAAGUCGCGUUCCAGCACUCCGGCUGGACUGGAGCCGCCCGGAAACGCGGAACAGGAAUCGAGAACACCGUCCAAGACCCCGGAUAAAUCGCGAUCGAGUACUCCAGCCGAACUGGAACCACCCGGAAACACCGGACGAGAAUCGAGAAUGUCGGAUUCCAAGACUCCGGAUAAAUCGCGCGCGAGUACUCCGGCUGGUCUGAUAGAGAGAGAGACGCUGAAAACUCCGGCAAGAACGCCUGACAAGUCACGCUCGAGCACACCGGCUGGAAAAUCGAGUAACGAGAUCUCUGCAGAGUCAGAAGUCUCCGAGACUUUACAUCGCGACGCCGAGGAUACUUUGCAAAUAAAGAAGUCCAGUACAUCGGCGUCAUCAUUGCAUUCGCCUAACUUGGACAAAGGCAGCAAGUCAUCGAAAUCACCGAGGUCACCCACGGCACCGGCCAGCCAGGACAAAUUGCUAGUAUCAGGAUCAAUGAGAAUUCCGCCGAAAUCACCCGAUGAAGGCGUAAGGGGCUUCGAUAACGGGCAGCAAAGAUCAUUGUCCUCUGGUAGCACUCGAUCACCCAGUUCUGCAAGAUCAACGGCUGGGAGCGUGAAACAGACGAACGAGAAGAAACAAACAUCAUUCGUUGAGGAUCUGACCAGCGCCAAGAAAACGGUGGAAAUUGCUGACAAGAUGCCUACCCCAAGAGCAACGUCUCCAUCCAAGCCCACCACUCUCACGGUUAAGACACCACGUGCGCAAACACCGGUGAAAUCUCCAGACGAGAAAAUCUCGAGGAAAUCUGCAGGGAAAAAAGGUUCACGGAUCCAAAAUGGUAGCGGAAGCGAAUCGCAGUUUAAAGAAACAGACAAGGGAUCAACCGCUGGAUCGCCUACGAAAUCACCCAGCAAAUCCGCCAAGUCGUUACCAAGAACUCCCGACACGCCUUCAGCCACUGCCCUGGAAAAAAAGAAAGUGCCGAUGAAUAAAGUUCAAGUUGGCGCUGCGCCUUCCCCGAACUUGAAAAUCGUGCGAUCGAAAAUCGGUUCUCUGGACAACGCGAGUUACAAGCCGGGUGGCGGUAAAGUGAAGAUAGAAAACAGAAAACUGGACUUCAGCAAAGCGCAGCCGAAGAUUGCCGCGAAAAAUGAUAAAUACGCGCCCAGCGGUGGCGACAAAAAGAUCGCACAAGUGAAGCUCCAAUGGAAUGCCAAAUCCAAAAUUGGUUCCUUGGAGAACGCAACUUACAAGCCAGGCGGCGGCGACAAGAAGAUCGAGACGGUGAAACUCGAUUUCAAGGAUAAAGCGAAGUCAAAAGUCGGAUCCAAAGAUAACGCGAAACAUAUUCCUGGUGGUGGCACCGUGAAGUCUGCGACUCCACCUAAGACACCUCAGGAAACGAAGAACGACAUUCCCUCGCAAAAGGUAGACAUCAAAGCUGAAAGCAAAAUAGGUUCAUUGGAUAAUGUGAAGCACAAGCCAGGAGGUGGCGAUAAGAAGAUUUUCAACGACAGAGACUAUCUUCGACAGACGAGUUCCAACGUUGAGAGUGUGAAUGGCAGCGGAUCUCAGGCUCAGUCUCCUACACAGGGUGACCGUCAUCUUGCAAACGAUUCGAGAAACGGCGACGAGAUACCGCAGCCUCAGCCGCCGCCCUCCACGCCGGUAAAAACUCGCAAUGUCACGUCACCCACGUCCGUCGUGACACCCCAAGCUGUCAGAAGCGGACUGGCCAGAUCUCCGGAAGCCACAACACCCAGGAAGCAAUUCACGCAGGAGACUGAAGCUCCGAAUCUCACCAACGGACGUGCAAUCAAAACACUUUCACCGGAUGCGACAAAUGGCAGGAACACGACGAAAGAUCGCUCACCGAGAUCACCGAUCUCACCACGUCCACCGAGUAGCCUGCGCGUCAAAUCCGCCAGCGAUAAAACCAACCCCGGUACUCCAGGAAGAACAUCCCCCGCAACACCUAGGAAAACAUCUCCCGGCACACCUGGCAGAAUGUUUCCCAACACACCAAGGAAAUCGCCGCCCCCAAAAGAGUUGCGUCUUCCGAAACUCGCGUCUUCGCCGACACCGCAAGAAGAAAAUCCGAUGGCUCCCGACACUCACUCGAAAAUCAAUUUACCCAAGUUGAUCGAGCCAGCUUCGCGGAUGGCGUAUUGAGAUUAUAAGAUGAAAGAAAUGGACUUUCUAGCAGUUGAUAUGUUAGGAUGUUUCAGGUUUCCCGCAUUUGUUUUCCUUCAUUUGCCGCUUCUUACAACAAUUCAAAGUCCAUCUUUUCUUAGUGAAAAUUUUAUUUUAUAUAUUUGCCACGAGUUUCUAUUUGAUUUCAAGUAUCUCUAAAGCCUUAACGGAAUGUUGAAGUUAAAAGUCUAAUGAAAAAUAUUAGGUCGAUGCAUAAGAAGGAAAGAAGGAUCAUCUUUUGAGGCGAUCCACUCACCGAUCCAUCGGCAAGAACUUAUGUACCUAAUAAGUAAAAAUAAGAUUUUGCACUAGAACUCUUACAAAUAUGAGGAUUGUUGGUGCAUCAAUAUUCUUAAGGAAAGAUUCACUUUAAAUUUCAAUUUAAAAACGCAUAUGAAAGUGUUAGCUCUAUAGAACCCUGUCCAUCGCAUAAAAGUGAGUGCAAAAUAAUUAGAAACUUAAGAUAAUAAUAGAGGAUUCGUAACAAAGCACUUGCCAGAAUAGGUCUUCUUUUUAUUAAUAAGUAAAAAUAUUUUGAAUAUAGGUUUUUUAUUAAAAAAUUCAGAUAAACUCGAAAAUGAACUAGAAAUUCAAGGCAAAACGGAAUAAGAACUUGAUUUUUACACAAGUGCUACUUUUCCAACUAAAUUAUGUAAUUUCUAACCCGUAUCUUCUGUAGAAGACUAAUGGGUGUCAGAAAUGCUAUUUGAACAUAUUAACAACCUUUAGUAAAUUAUCGACAAUAUUAUUUCCGAAACAAACUCUUGAUAUUUUUUGCUGGUUUGUUCUUUAGAAGUCUAUCCAUAUAAAAAAUAGAUGUAAUAAUAAUAAUAUAUCAUAAUUAAUUAUUAGAUCAAUUUUUGAAUAGGUUAGACUUUUUGUAAAAUGCUUUAAACUAUUCGAUUAUUAACAUUGCCUUGCUUGACGCAAAAUAUAUUCUUCAAAGAUAGAUAAAA